CCUAUAAUUUAUAUCACAUUAUACAUUUAUAAUACGGUAACAAGUAGUGAGUAACAAUUUCUGUAAGUAAUGACUAUGUACACAAGUACAAUAUUUUUUUCUUUUCGUUUUCUGUGCUUAACAGAGACCAUGGUAUAGGGAUAGCCGUCCCUGGCCAGGACCCCGUUGGUGUAAACAUCGUACAAUACGGUGCGUGGGACUACACCAACAGGAGGUUUGGGUACAUCUGAGGCAUCCAAUAAGCAUCUAGUACAUCAUAUUGUAUAACAGAAAAUCAUCAAUAUAAAAACCGAUUCUGUUUUAAAUUGUUUCUCUCGCUCUCUCUCCUUCUUGCACAUAGAUUCUUGGUGAUGAUAUAAUCUGAGAACUUAAUGAUGCCAGUCAUAAUGUCAUAAUAAUGAAGAGGACAACGGAUAAAUCCCGUACUUUCUGUGGCUGUUUGUACUAAUAGUUUCGGAGAGGCAUAACUUCAUGUUAGAUCGGAAGCUACGGAUCAGUUUUUGAUUAUGCUGAUUGGGAAAGUUCAACUACAUUAAAAUCAUUUCCUUCAAAUACGCAACUUUGUAAGACAGUACAAGAAGAUGCUUUGCUCCAAGUCUGUCCUCUGUGAUGCUUUGACGGCCCUGUUGGUAGUUACCUUUGGGACCAGCACAUGGGUCUCACUAGGUGGGCUCUGGGUAGAACUGCCACUUCUUACCAAAUUAGGCAUCCCCGAAGAAUACAAAAUCGGCUCUUACCUCAUCAUCGCCACGCAGGCAGCGGCAAUCGGACCACUUAUUUUCGUCACAUGCCAGUGCCUCGCUCCAAACAACUAUCAUCUAGAAAUCCCGACUAUCUACGUGACUCUAGCCGUGGGUGCCACAGCUAGUUUCCUCUUGAUAUUUUUCUGGGACUCUUUUUCUUUCUGGUCAGGGCGUGAGCAUAGCACCGCGUUCCUUAUCCUAGCGUUCUUCAUGGCUCUUGUCGACAGCACGUCCAACCUGACAUUUAUGCCUUUCAUCUCCAGUCUCAAAUCAAAGUACCUUAAUUGGUAUUUCAUAGGGGAAGGACUUAGUUCCGUGAUUCCAAGUAUUGUGGUGCUCAUUCAAGGCACUGGUGGCGAAGAUGAAUGCAUUGCAAAUCAUACAUUUAUUAACAUCACCAAGGACCCAAACACCAACGUCACAAUUUGUCAAAACUGCACGGUAUGGGCCAUUGAGAGGAAUGGAGAUGCCCUUUUCCCUCCACAGAGUUAUUUUAUCUUUAUAUUUGUUUUGUUUACGCUCAGUACAACAUCGUUUUGCCUCCUGCGAUGUAUUCCAUUUUUUCGGGACCAAUAUGACGAAGAUGAGCAAUGCGAAAACACGAGAAAACACGACGACGAGAAAACACCUUUGUUAUCAAGUGACAACACUUUUGAAGAAAACAAAACUCAGGAUAAACGAAAAGCAACGGUACAUUCAAACUGCGAAGACAACUUAAAAUUAAAUGAGGAAACAUGUAUGGGAACUGAAAAACAUCAAAAUGAUAACAGUAAAAUGGCAAAAAUUGUAGCUAGCGACAUUUCUAUUGAGAAAGACGACGUGAAUGGCAACUCUCGUCCAUCCAAAAGCAGGUUCUCAGCAAGAUAUGCAUUUCUCUUCACGACCCUGACCCUGAUCAGCGCCCUCACCUAUGGUGUCCUACCGUCUAUUCAGGGCUACUCGGCAGCAGCAUACGGGUCACACAUCUAUCUUUUUGCUACGACCUUUGCUGAAAUCAGUGUCCCUAUUGGGUUUUUCCUCGUGAUGAUUCGUCCAACAACGAGCUACCCAGUUGUCCUCCUGACAUCGCUCGGUGGUGUAGCUGCCGGUUGCUAUUGCAUCGUGACAGCAUCCCUCAGCCCAACCCCUCCGCUGCAAGAACACAACUUUGGGCAAACCUUAAUUGUUCUAGCGUGGAUCACCCAGGGGCUCUUCUUCUCCUACUGCCGGGCGACCAUCGCCUGGAUUCUCCGCUCCGACAGUGGGUCCCGAAUGUCCAUGAUGUGCUUCGGAGGCUGUACAACCAUCGGCACCAUGGUCGGCGCCGUGGUCAUGUUCCCGCUCGUAAACGUACUCGAAAUCUUUAAGAGCUUCGAUUUAAGCCAGGCGUGUGCCAAUCAAGUCACAUGUGUCGAAAUAAUGUGUCAAAUAAUGUGUCAGCUAUAUAGCUGACGUCACGAUCAGGGGCGGUUCCACGAUUAUUUUGUAAAGGUUGGGGCACCAUUUUUUAUAUAUAUCUGACAAGACGAGAAAAACAAAAACUAAAAACCAACAGCAAAAAAACAUACAAAAAGAAAAAAGUACAAUCAAACUACAAAUUUUCGAGGUGUAUUUAAGCUCUAACUUUUAAAGGACUUGGUGACAUUGUUCAGAUGAGAGAAUAUGGUGCUAAUGUAGUGUCUUCAAUGUUAUAUGUACAAUGAAUAUAAUCUGAAAACAUAAAACUGAUCUGUUCGCUUUAUUAAUUCUCCCAACUAUAUAAUUAUAAUUUAAUUACAUUUUAGGUGAAUGUAAAUCAUCACAAAACAAUGAAUUGGUUUUAUAUACCAUUCUAGACAUUUAGGUGUUGAAAGGUGC